AUGCCUCUGCACCUGCUGGGUAAGAAGUCAUGGAACGUAUACAACUCCGACAACAUAGCGCGGGUCAAGGCCGACGAGGCCGCCGCUGCUGCCCGCGAAGCCGCCGAUGAGCAGCGCAUGCAAGAGUUCGAUGCUGAACGACGUGCUGCCAUCCUUCGAGGUCGAACGCCCCCGCCUUUGCCAGAAGAACAACCUGGCAAGACGUCUGGACCAAGGAGCUCGGGGAAUACAGAUGAACGCGGACAUGACAGGAAGAGGAGAAAGCUUGCUGGCGAAGACGAUACCGACAUGGAUAUACGCAUGGCCAAGUCCAUUACCACUCGACCUGGAGACGAAGCAAAAGACGCUAUAGUCCUGAAGCUACGGAGCACUGCGAGUGAUGCCCCGUUGCAAGACCAUGCCGGCAACAUUGACUUGUUCCCGGUGGACAUGAAAGAGGCCAUCAAACGCGAGAGAAAUGCAGAAGCCGAAAAGGAGAAGCGCAAGAAAGAAAAGGCCCUGGAAGACCAGUAUACAAUGCGAUUUUCCAAUGCAGCAGGAAGGGGUGGAAUCGAACGACCCUGGUACACUGCCGUAAAAUCGCCCUUGCAGAGCACUGGAGACAAGAACCACUUGUCAGUUUACGAGGGCUUUGUGAACAAAGACGUCUGGGGAAACGAAGACCCGCGCCGCAAAGAGAGAGAGCAGAACCGUAUAUCUACAAACGAUCCUUUUGCAUUCAUGCAGAAGGCGCAGGCACAGUUGAAGAAGUCUAAGCAGGACAAGAAGCAAUGGGCUGAAGAGCGUGCUCGCGAAUUGAGAGAGCUACGAUCGGCCCAGGAACGCGAGGAUAGACGGAGUAGGCAUCUCAAACGGAAGAGGCGAGAAGUGGACGAUAGCGAGCAUCGUACUCCUAAAAUGGAUACUUCGUCGUCGCGCCACAAGCACCGCCACAGAAGCCCAAGCCGUAGCCGUGACAGGCAUGAGCAUAGGUCUUCGCAUCGCAGUGACAAGCGACCAACUCAUAGCAAGAGCAGAGAGCGCGGUGGAGAUCGUCACAGUCAUCGUGAUCAACGGACCGAGGAGCUCGAAACGGCUUUCAUAUGA